AUGGGGCGUCUAUUAUGGCUUAGUGAUGGCGUGGGAGAAGAGAAUUCCGAAGCUGGAUUUGGAAGUGGAUUCAGAGUUGGUGGUGGGUUUCCUGACGAAAGGAAUACAAGAUUCGCAUCCUUUAUCUUUCUUGGUACGCUUGUGUCAUGGCUUCUUGAAGGAUUGUUCUGGAUUCAAUUCCGAGGCAUUCCCCUACACUAUUGGAAGAAAGAACUACUUAACGACAUCGGCAAAGAACUUGGAGACUACAAGCUGCAACUACUCACCAACCUAACGGCCAAGAUCAAAGUUGAAAUCAACGGUCUCCUACCACUUACCAAAGACGCGAUAAUAGAGUUUGAAGGGGGUCAAGAAGCCCUAGUGACGUUUGAGUAUGAAAACCUAGGCAAACACUGUUCAUACUGCUACAGUCUAAACCACGAGGUGGAAUCUUGCCUAGAAAAACCAUCGCCGAGACCGGCAAAAGAGAGCCUUCCUAGAUCUACAGAGAGAGAUAGAUUCCCUACCUCUACAAACGAGCAGCCAGCUGAACAGCGCCCUUUCAAUUUGCGGAAAGAUCGACAUGGAAGACCAUUUGGGGAUAGGCCUUCCACAAAGAGAACGGAAAGCGCAAGAAACAACGAUCUCGGCCAACCAAGGAACCCCAACGUGGAGCCACAGCAAGAGCGCCGCCAACCACCAAAUCCUCCAACGCCGUACAAAGGAAACCACGUAGACCCCUCCUUCCGCCAAAGCCGAUAUGAAAAAGAACCGAUGGGGACUGUUCCAGAUCUACGUCACAUAGGAACCACAAGAAGACCCAAUCGGUGGACCACGCCACCACGCCAAAUCUGGAGAGAGAAACCACCAAGUUUAGUAGACCAAGCUGAUGACAUAUCUACUACCCUACUACCUAUUCAGAUUACUGGAAGAAACCUGGAAAUAGAAGCUUUUGCAUCGCCCCAACGAGCUCUCUCUGAAGCCGAGAUUAUGUCUUCUCUCCAGGAAGUCACAAUGCAGUAUGCUAAUGUUGCUGACCCAAUAGAAAGAGCAGCCCGAUUGCAACGAGUCCAUAUGGGAGAACAAAACAUUACCCUUCCAAGGGAGGAAGUAGAGGAAAGAACGGAUAAUCAUCGCCCUACACAAGAUCAGGAUCCACCACGGAGACCACGGGGCAGACCACCUACAAAGAAACCAACACUGAACAUAAAAAAUCCGGAGGCGGGGACGAGUAAGAGAAAAGUAAAGCAGGGGAGAAUCUCACCGUUCCUACGGAUAUCUCCUUUGUCAAGAAUCAUCCAAACGCGUACUUCCCCAGUCACCCACAAUCACGGGACCCGACGCAGCAGAAUAACUCUACAACGAGGAUCCUCAGGACCGUCAACGCCAGCUUCACUACCACCACCGACAAACAUCAUCCCAGCGACUAGGAAAGCAACGAGAAAAGAGAAAGCGGAUUUUCACAAUCCGUUAGAUCCUCUUCCUUAA